CGUCAGUGAAAUUAUACUUUUUGCAUUUUAAUGUUGAAUGGAUUGAUUUAAUAUUGUACAGGAAAGAGAAAUAUUUUAGUGAUUUUUGUGAUAAUAUUGAUUAUUUCAAUCAUUACCAAUUAUUGGAAAAUUAAAAGGUUUUGAUAUAAAGAACGGAGAGGGUAUCGGUGGAUAUCAUAUCAAAGAAACAAGAGUUUGAGAGGUAACAACAAAGGUGACGUGGCUGUAGCGUAGAUCUGCCGUAGUUUGUAGUACAACUCGUAUGUCCAGCUUAACUACCAAUGUUUGAGUUAUACACCAUUUCCAGUUGACAAUUACUGAUUGCCCAUACUAAUCAGACAAUGGGUAUAUACAGCUUAUUAGAUGACCAGACCUGGUCAUACAUUAUAUUUUUUGUGGCCGUGAUUGGACUUGUGUUAUAUGGGAUGUCAACAUUCUUCAUUAUCAUAUCACAGAUAGGAGGACGUUUCAUCUUGUACAAGAAGGAAGACCCUAUGACACUGACUGAUAACGUACCAGGAGUUUCUAUUAUUAAACCAUUAAUGGGUAUAGAUCCACUGUUAGAGGUCAACCUUGAAAGCCACUUUACUCUCAGUUAUCCAAAGCUUGAAAUUUUGUGUUGCGUACAAGACGAUCAAGACCCUGCAAUAAAUGUUGUUAAUAAAAUGAAAGAAAGAUAUCCUAAAGUGGAUUGUAAACUAUUUAUAGGAGGAAAAGAUGAUAUUAUAAAUCCAAUGGUAAAUAACAUGGCACCAGCCUAUGACAAUGCUCAGUAUGAAUAUAUAUGGAUUAGCACUAGUAGAAUAAAAGCCAACACACAGAUUUUACUGGACAUGGUAUGUAAGUUACAGAAACCUAACGUAGCUCUGUGUCAUCAGAUGCCUUUUACAACAGAUCAUAAAGGUUUUGCUCAAGCACUAGAGAAAACAUAUUUUGGUGGAGCAUUUGCUCGUUACUACCUGGCUUUCAAUGUGUUAGGACUGUGUUGUGCUACUGGCAUGUCAUACAUGGUAAAGAAGGUAUUAUUAGAUGAGGUGCAUGGUCUUAAUUGGUACGGCAAAUAUCUAGCGGAGGACUUCUUCCUGACAUAUGCUCUCCAUGAAAAGGGUUAUAGACUAGUUCUGUCGGCAUAUCCAGCUCAACAAAAUCUUGCACAGACAGAGGUCAUGGGGUACAAAAACAGAAUGGUCAGGUGGCUGAGAUUACGUUUGAACAUGAUUCCCCUGGUGAGCGGUUUCUUUGAACCAUUGACGGAAUGCAUUCCUAUAGGGAUAUAUGCUGCAUGGUCACUUUAUCAUUUUCUCGGGAUCAACCCAUAUAUUUUCUUCUCGAUACAUAUAGUGGCAUGGCUUGUAUCAGACUAUCUACUACUACGCAUGGUGCAGGUAGGACAUUCGAUGUUGAAUCUACAAACUCCAAAUAAGAACCAGGGAUGCUUAUUUUAUUAUAAACAAGGCAGUCCUCCAUUUUCUAAAAUACAGUACCUGUUUGCAUGGAUUCUGCGAGAAAUUCUAGCUGUGUGGGUCUUUUUUGAGGCCCUCGUCUCCCCAAGGACAAUUAAAUGGGGUAAAAGAACUUAUAAAUUGUCUCUUGGAGGACAUACAGAAAUAGUCAGCGACACGUCCAAAGCUGAGUUGUAGCACAGAAUUGUGGGAAACCGUAAUGGUGACACCAUGAUCGUACUUCAUCAUCUACUGACCAUGUCAGAUCAUCAUUAAAUCAUCAUGUAUAUAAAUCUCAAACCAUGCACAGUGACCAUCGGAAAACAGUGAUAUCCCAAGUAUUUUUUAAACUCUCAAAAUAAAUAUCAUUUUACAUCUUGUUGCAUUGAUAUGAAAAAAGUGGCAAAACAUGACAGUGUUGGCCUGCCAUACUAAUUUCUGGUUUAUCUAGUUAUUUGGAAGGAAUUGUAUGGAUUUUUGUUGCAAUGGCAUAAAAUAUUGGACCAAGUUACAGUAGACAGGAUUCUUGUGCUGUAUAGGUGAUCAUUGAAAGAAGAAAUUUCAAACAAAGAAUGAUAAGCAUAUACAAAUAUAACAGUUUGUAUUGUUCCAAAUUUUGAAAAACAAAAUCUGUUGUAAGUUGAUUGAGACCGAAAAGAAAAAAACAUCGAGAAGUUUAAAUUGUGUAAGAAGGAAUGUGAUAGACCAUAAAAAAAUAGUUCCUGUAUUUAUAUUGGUUUAAUAACAGAUGGAAUAAAGGCAUUUUGAUUGUGGUAGAUGUACAAGGGUUUAUAUAGUGGAUAUUGUCAACACCUGAUUGGUUGAUGCAGAUUUGAAAUGGACCAAUCACAAGGUUGGAUUAAUUGACUGGUCAACAAACACAAGUUUUGGAAACAUGAAACCAAGUUGAAAGAAAGGAGCACAGACUGAGCAUUGCUUUAUGAUAUAAUUAAUGCAUAGGAAUAUUGAGCUGUACUUCUUAGUGACAUAUCACAUGUUUUACACAAUGUAAGAUGCUAUAACAGCGGUAUUGUGUUGCUUAAAUUGUCAAAAAUUUAUCACAAAUACAGAGUAAUUUAUAUAUUAAUUGUUGAUUUCUAAUAUAACCAUAUCAUAGGAAAGCUGCUGAUUUAAGCAAAAUCAUAAACGUGUAUUGAACCAUUAUAUAUGUAGACAUAAAUGUGUAAUAACAGUGUAUCACAUUAUAUUUGUAUGCAUAUGUAAGCAUAAAAGUGUAUUGCACUUAGUUAUAUGCAGAUGUACACAAACAAUUGUUUGCUGUGUACAUUUGUAUGCAUAAUUGUAAGCAGAUAUGUGUUAUGUAUUUCUACAUGUAUGUUCAUGUAAACAUGUGUAAUGCUGGUACAUAUAUUUAUGUAUAAACUUGUUCUGAAUUAUAAGAGUUUUUAGUAUUUAAAUCUAUUGCUAUAGCUAUUUUGAUUGUCUUUUGACACCUAUUUUACAUAUGAUAUAUUUUUAGAAAGUUAAUGCUUCUUAUUUAAUUACAUUUGGACCAUUCUUAAGAAAUAUAACUCUGGAAGUAAACCAUUUUCUUGUGAUGUUCAAAGAUCACACUUUUUUGUGCUCACACUUGAGUUUUAAGUUAAAUAUUAUUGUUAAAAGUAUAUGAGUAUUUAGUUCUGUUAAAAUCUCCCAUUAGAAAAAUUCACAUGCCAUGCUGCCUUAUAUACAUAUUAAUACUUAGAUUUUUUAGAACUCACAUCUUUUACCUUACACUUUCAAUCAUGUCUUUAUAUUUAUGUAAUUCAAGCCAGUUGGGCUUUUCUAACGUGAAAGUUUCUAGGAACUUCAGACUACAGAUAAGUGUCUGGGAUGCAGAUUUUCCACUGUAUUGUUUGAAUGUGAGAUUUUUUAUUUUUUUUAAUUCUUAGCAUAAAUAUUCAAAUAAAUCUAUAACCAUUAGUCUAUUUCUUGACACAGCAUUGAUAUUAAACCAAAUGUGUAAGCAACAUUUACAUACUUUAAUGAUCAAGCUUUAAAUAUUCUUUCUUUGGGCUUACGUAUACUUGCUCUGUAUAAAAGUUUAAGAAUACAGGCAGAUAAUGCUGAAACAAUCUUUCUCUUAAUUUUGCAUUGUUUAUCAUACUUUCAUUCUUCUACCAGUUGUAAAAACAGACCUUUAUUACCAGGGCAGAGUCAAUCUGAACAUCUGAGUAAUCUAAAGUAUAGCAGGUUUAGCCAUAAUGCAGUCACGACUGUUUUCUUCACUUGACUUUGAUACUUGAAGACUUUUUUUAAUAGAUAUAUAGAUAUGAAUAAAUUUCAAUUAUUAGAUUAAGCAGAAUUGAAAUAGUUAAUGCUUAUCAUUAGUCAAUGAUUGCUUCUUUUAUCAUUGAUGUCUUAGUCUUACUUUCUCAUCCGUCUGCAAUAUAAUUCUUUAAAACUUUAGGUCACUGUUGUAUAUGCUUGCUUAUUAUUUCAAUUCUUAUAGAGCUAUAACUGUAGAUUAUCUUCAUUGAUGGCCUAAUGAUAUUUGAGGUCCAAAGCUUUAUACAGGUAAAACUGUAGCUUAAUUGAUGGCCUAAUGAUAAUUGAGGUCUUAAACUUAUCCUCUUUACUACAUCUGCUAAACACAUUUUGUUGUAUUGCUGUGUGAGUUAAACAUCUGUUCUGAUAUUACAGCUGUUGAUGUCUUCAUUAAUACAUUUGAAUAUGGGAACAAGUUUUUCUUAAAGAUUUGUUUUUUUUAUCAUACAUUUCAUUUCAAUUAUCCAAAGAAAGUUUUGUUUUGGAAAUAAGUAUCCUCCUGUGCAAUAGAAUUAUAUAUAUUUGGUAUGAAGUUGAUCACAAGUAAGUUAAUCAGGUUUAAAACUGAUAUAACAAAUUCAAGUAAUGAUUGUUUUUUCUACCAACUUGUGUCAUUACAAAUCUAUGUUUAAUUUUUAUCCAGAUGUAACUUGUAGUCCCAUGUAACUAAGAGAUAAUUUGAUUUGUAUAAAUGUGACAGGGCCCACUUUGUAUGUGGUCAUACAGCUCCCCUUUACACCUUCAGUAUGAGUAUAUUUACAAUUUCACAUAUGUAAUUGUUUAAUAUUCCAACUUCUAAUCACUUAACUUUUAAUGACAUAUUUUAACUAAAGCAUUAAUUAAAUCAUUGAUUUAUUUUAAGUAAAAAAAUCUCCACAUCACAAAGUGCCUGUCUAGCUGUGACAUGAACAUUUGAUCUGAAACUUGCUGUUCAAAAUUCAUUUAUUUUUCAAUUAAUGUACGAUAAUGUAAAUGAAUAAUUUUUUGGCAUCUUAAAUUUGUAUAGGUCUGUUAGGUAAAUUUGUGUAAUUAGAUUGGUAUCAGUCUUGUAUGUUUUACAAUCAACAUUCCAAAUAUUACAUGUACCUUUUUUAUGUAAAAAAAAUGCAUAAUUUAUUAACUGUAUUUGUGUCACUUUUGUAUUGUUAAAUCAUCAUCUUAGGAAAGUAUUGGUAGAAUAAAAACACUCAUCCUUUCAAUACAGGAACAUUUGGUAGGAUAGUGAUUGAGGAGUAGGAAUUAUAAAGAAGUAGCUAUGCCAACAGUAUACAGUCUGGCUGGCUAACUCAUCCACGCAGUCUCUUUAGACUAUACAAUUGGUUACCCAGUAUCCUGUUCCUACUUUUGAAAUUUCCCUUCAGUUAGAAAUGGAUAGUUUCAUAAAUGUUUGUAAGUUUCGAGGUUAUAUAUAUUGAGAUAUAGAUGACCCUGGUUAUUGUUUUAUGAUAAGAGAGAUGUUUGAUUUAUUGGAUUAAUUGAUAAAAGAGUGUACUGUACCAGGACACGGACUUUCAUUGGUGUCUUGCUACCCGUUCAUGUUGGAAUCUCAAAAUUGUGUACGAUACCUGGCAUACAUAUUACUCUAAUAUCAUGUGGAAUAUUGUCACUGAAGUAUUUUUUGUUGUUAAUUUCCAAUCAGGUUUAAUGUUAGAUUAUAAUAUAUAAUUAUAUAGAAUUAUUAAUGAAUUAAAUUUUCUAUUGAUUUUUAGUCUAUUAUUAUAGUUAUUUGUAGGUGUAGAGACUAUUUUAUAAAACAUUGUGUUGUUCUAUCUGUUGUUGUGUUUCUAAACUGCUGUAAAAUUAAACAUUUUGUUGACGGCUUUAAUUUUGAUAACAAAAAUACAAUGUUGAUAGUGUUCAAAAUUUAUAACAAACUUUUAGGACUUGCAUGACACAAUUUGUUGUUAAAGUUUAGCAAGACGGUCUGCGCAUUAAGUUAGUUUAAAAGUCUUUAUAAGGGGAGUUUAGGAAGUUUAUACAGUGUCAUCAUGUGCCUGAAAUAACAAAAAAUUGUUAAAUGCUCUGAGGCAGGCAUGACCUUCUAUGAAUACUCCAUUAAAAAACCCAAAGAAAAUGACAAACUUACUUAAGACUACUUAGUCUUUUAUGUUGUCUUGAAAAUUUAUUAUAGAACAUAAAAUAAAAAUGAUAAGAAUUUACUUUAUUUUGAAUAUGGGGUUUUAUGUUGAUAUUGUAGGGUUGUUUUUUGUUGUUGUUUUUUUGCUAUGAUCAAAAUGAGAGUCCUUCAGAAAAUGUUUGAUUUGACUGUAAAUGAAUAGAUUUGUGGAUGUUGAAGCAGUUAUAUAUUCUAUAUGUACCAUUUAUAUACCAAUAAAUAUAUUAAAUUUGAAACAAAUGCUUAUUUUUAUCAUGGGUUGUACAUUAAUGUUGUGCCAGGUCACAAUACUUUAUAUCUAUCUGUGAAGUUGAUAUUUUCAAAAUGGCUGUAGAUUCCAGAAAUAUUGUGUGAGUUAUUGAUGAUAUAAAACUUGUUUCAGCAUGACAUCUUAGCUGAAUGUUUAUUUAUAGAUCAUGGAUUAAUAAAAAAAAAAUGCUCUAAAAAUUUUUGAUUGAGAAGGGUAUUUUUUUUUUUCAUACUCCCGGAAAUGUUCUGUUAACUGAUAUCUUAGAUAUUUGGUAUGUUGCGGGCUGAUAUGUUGGCACAUUUUAUAAAUCUCGACCCUUUUGGUGGUGUUUAACCUUUACAAGGUCACUAAGCCUAAAAAUAGAUUUUUCUACUUUUCCCUAUAUUAAGUGUCAAAACGGCAGCAUGGAGUAUACAUGAUUACAUCAUUGUUAUUUGAAAUCAUGCAUUAAAUAUUUCAUAAAAAAAUGGUGCAAGAACAUAAAAUACAAUUUUCAUAUCUAAAUGCAUUUUGAAUUUUUAAUAAAAUCAAGUUCAAUCAUUUAUUAUUUAUUUUCUUCAACUCAAAGGGGUAUAGAAAAAUUUCAUAAUAGUUCUGUUUUAAAACAGAAUCAAUUUGUUACAUUUCUUAGCUCAGAUUGUUCUGUUUUGUUCAUGUUGAUAUUUAUAAAGUCUUUAUUUUAAUGAAUAUAAGAACUGGCGUGUUAUAGAGGAGGGACAGACUAGUAAAGGGAGGUAAUCAUUAUACUUCAUCAAACAUUCUAAGUUAAGAUAUUAUUGGAAUAACCAUGUAAUUACAAUAGACCAAUACAAUCAUAUCAAACUUGUAAUUUAUUUAUUUUGUUAUAUUUCUAUCGUAGAGGGACCAUAAGUGACAGCAUUUUUAAGAUCUUUUAUCAUUUUUUUCUUUGUUAAAUAUGCUAAGAAUCUGUACUUCAUCAAACUCCUUGCAUUAGUUACCUCAUGCUUUGCUUCUUUAAUCAAUGCCAUCACUAUAACAUACGUAUGAUAAGAUGAUCAUGUGACCAAAAAAUGGUGACCAUUUGUUACGGUAAAGAAUACUUAUUUUUAUGAACUAUUCUCCUUUACAUUUAUGUUUUACUUUUGGUGCAUUGUGCAUAAUGAUUAAAUCAUAGAAACUUAAGUUAUAGAAAAUAGUGAAAAAAUAAUGCAGCUUUGUGACAUCCAAAUUUUUCUUGUUAUGGCAAUGGUUUCUCUACUGAUGAGGGGAAGUAACUGCUGCAAGGAGUUUGAGACAUAUGUAAUUUAUGUUAUAUUUUAAGAUCAAUCUUUUCCUUCAUGCUUUGACUGAAUGGAAAUCAUGCAGGUUAUAUAAGCACAUGAAGUACUUGGAAGUACUUGGAAUUAUAAUUUACAUUUAUAGCAUAAAUGGUGAUACUGAGAUCAUGUAAGUAAUAGACACAUGGGCAGCCAAAUUGUGUUUACUCUGGAAAGUAAAAUCAAUUUUGUAAUUUUGGCCUUGAAAACUUCUGAUACAGAUCUGUGUUGUUGUACCUGUUGGCAAUGAUGUUACUGAUGUUAAUAUAUAAUGUUAUUAUUGUUCACUAUUUAUGUAUUUUUUUUAUUUCAUUGUCUUAUUAUUUUACCUGUAUAUCUCUCGCAAUCAGAUGGUGGGAAUAUUUUUUGUGUCAUGUGAUUGAAUUUAUAAUGUUAUAUAUAUUUUUAUAUGAUGCUGUGUCAUCAGUGUCUUUGGCUGAUAAUCUACGUAGCAAUGAAAAUAAUAGACAUAUCUUAAAAUAACUGAAUAAUGAAACUUUUCCAUAAUUAUAUAGAAAAAAAAUGCUGUUUUAGAAAAAUUUUGAAUCUGUUUUUAAGAGCUUUUUAUGUAGUGUAAUUUUGUGAUGGUUAUAAAAAGAAAAGAAAAAAGAUCUAUGACAUCUUGUUUAGUUAGAGGAGUGAAAAAAAGGCAUUUUUGGCAGUAAAGUAUAUUUUAUAUAUUACAGAAGAAAUAUUAGUAAACAUAAAGUACAGUGCUCAAAAGUUGCUCAAUUUAAUAGAACCAUUAUUUAAUGAUAAAAAACACUCAAAAGAAUGGCCUCAAUUAUAUAUUAACUAAAAUGAAAUCAUUUUCUCCAGACUUAGUUAUAUUUUGUGAGGGAUCAUUUUACCAUGUACGUCCCAGCAAUGCUUUUCUAACUUAUAUGAAACAUCCAAGCUUAUUUUACUGUCUGUGUGUAAGCUUAUUUUGUAUAUUUGACUAGGCUUUUUAUUCAAUAUACUGUACAUAAUAAUAGUACAAAAGUAAACAAGUGUACUGAUUAAGUUCUAGGCUUCAACCUGACUUUGAAACAUUGUGAUCAGUUGAUACUUUGACAGGUUAGAAACAAAUGACCUUACAAAGUGUCAUUUUGUGUACAAUCUUGACAGCUUAACAAUAUACAAUAUUUUGAGGAAAUAUGAAAAGAUGUCUAUUUAUACAUGUAUAAAAUCAUUUAAUUAAAUGACAUCACCGUGGAAACAGGGUUAAUAUUGAUAGAUAUUUUCUACAUAUUUUCUGUCUAUAAACUGAAAUGUUCAGUUUAUUUGGUUUUAAAUUUUCAAAAUUUAACUUACUACAUUUGUAAAUCAUCAAUGGUGCAAAAUUUAAGACAUUUUUUUUCAGUUUCUGGUAAAGUUGAUCAACUGAGUUAUUUAUUUGUUUUUAUUUUUAUUAACAUUUCACACUACUGUAGAAUUGUGAAUUAUAGUGGUAGUUUAUUUACAAUGUUAACAUAUUAUACAUGGUAUUGUGGUUAUUUAAUGUUGGCAGGAAUAUUAUGUUUGACUCAUCAGACAUGGGUUGUUAUACUAGAAAUAUAUAUCUUAUGCACUCAGUUAAAAAUUGAAAAAAAAAUGUCAUUAAAAAUUAUGAAUUUUAGAAUAUUGAAUUUUAUUGUUACAGUAUUGAUAUUUCAUAUAUACAUACAUCACCAUCUACCUGUAUCAGAUUUGUAUGAUGAAUAAUUUAUUGUUCUUUAAUACAUAUACAAAGUUCUCUUUGUAAAUUUGCUGCGACACAAUAACUAAGAAAAAUUUGUAUAGGGGAGGUAACUCAAAAUGCCAUUUUUAAUUAGGCAUGUAAGAUUAACUUCCCUUCAUUUCUUCUCUGUGUGCAUUUGAAAAAGUGACUAACAACCCUGUUUCUGUUUGUUCAAAUUGUUACAAACAUUCCAAAUUUCUUGUGAUUAAAGUAUAUUAGAUAGAAAUAUAAUGUUUGCUGGGUAUUCAGCCAAAGAUAUUAUAUUCCAUCCAAGAUGUAUUUUCUGUAAAGACCAUUUUCUAAUAAAUAUGAAAAUUUUAA